AUGAAAAUUGCAAUUGAAGGAUGUUGUCAUGGUGAAAUUGAAACAAUUUAUAAUUCAAUAAUUAAUAUAGAAAAGGUUACAGGAACAAAGGUUGAUUUGUUAUUAUGUUGUGGCGAUUAUGAAGCAUUGAGGAAUUUACAUGAUUUAAAAUCAUUAGCAGUUAAACCAAAAUAUAAAACUAUGGGAUCAUUUUAUAAAUAUUAUAGUGGUGAACUUAAAGCACCAAUGUUAACAUUAGUGAUUGGUGGUAAUCAUGAAUCGUCCAAUCAUUUCUCUGAAAUCAAUAAUGGUGGUUGGUUAUGCGAGAAUAUCUAUUUCAUGGGCAGAUCAAAUGUUGUUCAAUUUGGUGGUAUCCGUAUUGGUGGUUUGUCAGGUAUCUUUAAGGAAUACGAUUAUCAAAAAGGUUAUUUUGAAACCAAACCAUUCUCUGACGACCAUCUACGUAGUGUAUACCAUAUUAGAGAAUUGGAUAUUUUCAAAUUUAUGCAAAUCACCGAUCCAACACUAGAAAUUAUCAUCUCUCAUGAUUGGCCAAUGGGUAUAAUUGAUUAUGGUGAUCGUAAUUCAUUAUUACGUUAUAAAAAGGGUUUAAUUGAAGAUUCUGAAAAAGGUGAAUUAGGUAAUCCAGCUACAAUGGCAACUUUAAAACAUUUAAAACCAAAAUUUUGGUUCUCUGCUCAUUUGCAUGCAAAAUUUGCUGCUUUGGUUGAACAUGAAAAUAAUGAAAAUAAUGAAAAUAAAGAAAAUAAUCCAACAACAACAACAACAACAACUACUAAUACAGAGUCUUCAAAUAAUAAUAAUAAUAAUAAUAAUAAUAAUCCUACCACUUCUCCUACAAAUAAAACUAAUGAACCAUCAAUUGAAAAAACAAAUACAAAUAAAGCUAAUACAAAUGAAUUUACAAGAUUCCUUGGAUUAGAUAAAGUUUUACCAAAUCGUGAUUUCUUACAGGUACUUGAAUUUGAACAAAAAGUACCAAUUGGUGAACCAUUAAAAUUAUGUUAUGAUCCACAAUGGAUAUUAAUUCAAAGUAAAACUAAACAUAUUUCAGAAACAUAUAAUAGUCCAACUAAAAAACCAUUAGAUCCUGAAUUAUUUUCAAAUUUAUAUACAAAUGAAGAAGUUAAAAAAGUUGAAGAUAGAUUUAAAGAAAUUUAUAAAUUUAAAAAUAAAGAUAAUUUAAAAGAAAAUUUUACAAUUCAAGAUGCAUUGGAAAUUAAAAAAGAAAACUUUGUAAAGAAUACAUAUUGUUAUAAUCCAAAUUCAAACAGUCCAUUAUCCAAUUUACCACCAGCAUUUGAUAAUCCACAAAAUAAAAUCUAUGAUAAUUUAAUAAAAAUAAUAACCCAAGAUACUGAAAUUACAAAUGAAACUUUAAAAGAAUUGGAUGUUUCAACCUAUUCUGGAAAUUUAGAAGAAUUACAAAAAGAACAAUUAAAUCAACGUAAUAAUAAUAGACUUCAACAACAACAAAAUCCUCAACAACAACAAUACCAAGAUGAUUCUGAAAUCAUUCUUGAUGAUUAA